CAAUCGGAUCACACCCCUCACCAGAAAACCGGAAGCACAUGCUUGUUGUUGUCAUCUGUGACAUGCUGCUUAGAAAAAGGUAGUAUUUUGUGUGUUUUUGACCGUGUAAAGAGACAGAAAAUGGCGGCAGUAGUAGCUACACCUGUCAGCCCCACGGAGCUCGACCCUGACCGGAUUGAGGAGGAGAUCCGUGGAGGACCCGAGGCGGAGGAGGAGGUCGCCCCGCCGCAGACAACAGGCCCCGGGACACGGCUCUCUAAACUCCCGCUGGCCCGGAUCAAAGCUCUGAUGAAGACCGACCCGGACGUGUCUCUGGCCAGCCAGGAGUCCGUGUUCAUCAUCGCUAAAGCCACGGAGUUGUUUGUUGAGAUGAUUGCCAAAGAUUCCCUGGUGUACGCUCAGCAAGGGAAGAGGAAAACUCUGCAGAGGAAAGACCUGGACAACGCAAUAGAGGCCAUAGAUGAAUUUGCAUUUCUUGAAGGCACGCUAGAUUAAACGCUGCUUCAGAAGAGGGGAACAUGGAGUAUCUGCCACCAUCCAAGAAACCUUUGUUCCAGAGAAUUUAUUGAGAACAUCUUUCUGGUAUUUUCAAAGCGACUCUCAAAUUGGAUAUUUAUAAAUCCUUUUCUACAAUGUAUCAUUAAGACUUUUCAUACUUAAUGUUGAAGUCAUCAGUGGUAAUGUGUACAUUUUUUUGUAAAUAUUUGUGAAAUACAACUGUACAAUGAAAUAAAUGUAAGUUUUAAACAA